GUCUAAAGUCCUUGCUACAGCUAGGCCAAGAGGAUCAAAUACUUUCAAGACAGACCGAAAAGUCGAGUUAAAGCGUUACGCCACAAGGUCGAGGUAACAUGACCCCUAUAUGCCAUGGAGAGAUAGAGUGUUCUAAAAAGCAUCACGUCUUUUAUUAAUUGCAAUUUUCAACCCAUUCAAAACACCACCAUAAGCGAAGAGUCCUAACCUAACGUAAGGAUCUAAUCUCUCACUAACACGGGAGUCCCAACCCACCCCAUAACGCACCCAGCUCCCUGGUUUUCAAAAUAACAACGUCCUCGACAUCCGCGGACCGUAGCAGGAUCGUAGCAAACAUCAGAAUGUAUACAGGAUACCCGAACCACGCACGUUUGGAGAAGCUGCAGCCACCCACGCAUCGAACCCAUGGAUCGGGUAUCUGUGGCUGGAGACAAGGCGCCCAAGCCGCCGCUCCGCAGCAGAUCUUCAGAUCUAAGAGUCGGGGCCGUAUGACGGCUUCAAGGCAAGCAACUUGGGGCUCAGGUGUUCCUGCGGGUACUUGCUUAGGUAGAUAAGCGAUGUGUUAAUUCUAUCCUGUAGACGGUCGCGUACGGGACGAGUUGGGAGGCGUUGCAUCAGGUGCAUAUGUAGGGGCUAUCCCAUGCGCUUGCUUGCUUUUGUACCUGCAUAUUCAUACGCAGGAACAACAUCAUGGAUCUGUAAUGGGUGUUUGCGACUGCGCCUCGGUUUGUUUGUUCUUAUAUGCGCCUCCUUAUCACGCGAAGAGGGCUAUGGUUAAAUCUGAUAUACACACCUAACCUAGCCUUUUGUAUGAUACUUAAUAGAGUAGAGCUUGGGCUAAGCAUGUGUUUUGACGUUCUCCAGCACGCGGACAACUCGGACCUCGUCGUACAACCUAUGAACCGAAUUAUGAACCGAAUCGACAGACCUCUUCCAAUUCCAUGGUUCCCACCAGAGCGUGUUUGCUAGAUUCUUUAUGCUGGCGUAUACAUAGUACGUGCAUGCUGUGGAUGCAUUCGGCCUACCGUCCAUCUGAUAACCGUACGGACGACGCCACUGCAUAGACUAAUCAUCAACUGGGAAUAGCCGAAAGUGACAGCCUUACGGAUAUUGAUUGUCAUAGUCAAGGGGUAUGCUUGCAGCUUUGUAAUUCUUUCGAAAUGAUGACCUAGUACAUACGUUCGGCCGUUGAGCAUGUGAAUUCACUAUUGACAUACGAGGCUGCGGGAGGAGACGAGUAAAGGGAGUAUCGAAGCCGUCGCAGAAUGCAUCUUGUUUGUUUUGCUUGGCUCGCUUAAUCAUGUUAUAGCAGGACCAGUUACUCAAUGCUGACAGGGAAUAACUACUAUACAAAAGUGAUUGGUUCUGCCGUCCAAAGUCCUACACUUAGUGAAGUAUCUUGAAUUUUGCACGUCCCUUGCCACCCCCUGGCGAGUCUGAUCAUUGCUGCAUCUAGGGCACGAUGGCACGUCAUAACAGGCCUAAUGUUAUGUAGGUCUAAUUCGCUAGACCCGAAGCCAUGGGCCGCCGCUGCAUGGAAUACAUACGGAUUACGACGAAAUACUUAACAUUCUAUGGGAAGAGGC